AUGAAGUUUCAAAUUAUUGCAAUUGCUGCUACGGCAGUCUCUACUACACUGGGUGCUGCUGUUCAGCAGCGUGACGGCACAUGCAGGUUCCGUGUUGGGUUUGCUCGUGGACAGAACCCAAUUGCCGGAGGUGACAAUUCUCUGGCCUGCAUUGCUGAACUCACUUAUGCCGAUGGCAACAAGGAGCGGCUCAGUGAUGAGUGCCGAUACGUCAUGAAUGAUCACUGCUACCCCAUUCAUACGAAUGACAACAUGAAGGACGGCUAUCUUGAUUACGGCGCCAACCAUGUCGACUUCCACGACGACGGAUGCAAGACCGAGUCCUAUGCUGGUCCGUCGGGUGAUGGAACUUUCCAGGACUGCGAAAUUCCCUGUUAA